AUGUCAGACAAAGAAGUCAAAUCUCCAACUUUCCAAAGUUAUCUUAAUAACGAUGGAAUUGACGAAUUACAACCAGCUUUAAGAAAACACAGAGUCUCAUCAUUGAGUCUUUCAGAUUUAAAUCAAUGGCAAACUGGUUUAACCAAAUUGUCAUCUUCAACUUCAUUAAACAAAUCAUCAUCAACCAAUUUAACUAAGAUUGAUUCUUUGGCUAAAUUGUCAAGAAACUCUUCAAUCAUAAAACGUAAGAAGAGAACUAUCAUUGAUCAUGUCAGAGUCGCUAGUUAUGCUUUCUGUUUCGAUAUCGACGGUGUUAUAUUGAGAGGUCCAGAUACUAUACCUCAAGCAGUUGAAGCCAUGAAAUUGUUAAAUGGUGAAAACAAGUACAAUAUCAAAGUUCCAUCAAUCUUUGUCACUAAUGGUGGUGGUAAGCCCGAACUGGUUCGUGCGACUGACUUAUCUAAAAGAUUAGAAUGUACCAUUACCCCAGAUCAAAUUAUUCAAGGUCAUACUCCAAUGAAAGAUUUAGUCGGUGUUUAUGAAACCGUCUUAGUUGUUGGAGGUGUUGGAAAUGUUUGUAGAAAUGUUGCUGAAUCAUAUGGGUUUAAAAAAGUUUACACCCCAUUGGAUAUCUUAAAAUGGAAUCCAGCUGUCAGUCCUUACCAUGAUUUGACUGAAGAAGAAAUCAAAUGUUGUAGAGAAGCUGAUUUCUCUAAGAUUGAUAUUGAUGCAAUCUUGGUUUUUGCCGAUUCAAGAAAUUGGGCAGCUGAUCAACAAAUCAUCUUGGAAUUAUUAUUGAGUAAAAAAGGUAGAAUGGGAACUGAAUCCAAAACUUAUGAUGAAGGUCCACAAAUCUACUUUGCUCAUUCAGAUUUCAUUUGGGCUACCAAUUAUAAAUUAUCCAGAUAUGGAAUGGGUGCUUUACAAGUUUCCAUUGCCGCUUUAUACAGGGAACAUACCGGUAUUGAAUUAAAAGUCAACAGAUUUGGUAAACCACAAAAGGGUACUUUCCAAUUUGCUAACAAAGUGUUAACUAAAUGGAGAAAAGGUGUCUUGGAUGAACAUUUGAAGAAAUUAUCAAUUAAUGAUCCAAACGCCGAAGAAGCAGACAUCUUAAUUAACGAUGCCGGUGAGGAAAUUAUAAAUCAAAGCAAAUUGGAAACUUAUUCCUACUCAGAUUCUGAAGAUGAAGAUGAAGACGAAGACAUCAAAGGUUUCAAACAACAAUCUAAGAAAUUAGCUGUUGAGAAAAAAGAUACUAUCACCUUGGAAUUACCUCCUGCAUCAACAGUAUAUUUCGUUGGUGAUACUCCAGAAAGUGAUAUUAGAUUUGCCAAUUCUCAUGAUAUCUCAUGGCAUUCAAUUUUGGUUAAGACCGGAGUUUAUCAAGCUGGAACUGAACCAAAAUAUAAACCUAAGAAAUUAUGUGAAAACGUCUUAGAAGCCGUUGAAUAUGCCAUUGAAAGAGAACACGCUCUCGAAUUACAAGAAUGGAAUGAAACCGCUGAAGAUGAAGAUGUAAUGAAAUUGAAUUUCAAUGAUUUAGUCAUGACUCCAAGUGAAAGAAAACCUCAAAAAACUGUUGACCCUUCAGAGCAUGAGAGUAUAGAAGUUCCUGUGGUAUUGAAUGAACAAAUCGAAAAACUCAAAGACGUUGGUAUAAGUAAAUAA